ACUUUUUUGGUUGAGUGAAUAGUCGCUUUCAAGCUCCACUAGUUCGCUAAAUUACGCCACCUUAUUUAUGUAUUAUUAUUAUUAUUGUUUAAAUACGUGGCCAUGCCAUUAGACGUGUUACUCUGAAACGUUUCAGCUUGGUGUGUUUGCACUGAGGUCACGUGACACGUCAUUCACAACGUCAUUCAAACAUGAACCCUGACUCUGAUGACCCUUAUGUAUUUUCAUCUGACUUGUUACCCUCUGACCAUCGUUUUCUGCCGCCUUUGACUAACGGGACUCUGGGAUGGAGAGUUUUUGGGAAAAUUAUGCAUAAGGGUGGAGUCUAUAAUGGAGAAGUUGGAGCCUGUCACCGAGCUGAUCUACCAUGCCCGCUUGCAGUCAGGAUGUACGUGGAGAAGGGGAAGCAUACGUACAGUUUGGACACCCACGCUGGUAUAUUCACUCACUCAGUAGUUACCACUUACGUAGAAGCGACUCAGGUGUUCUAUGCUCAUCGACAAUAUCCCAACCUGCUGGUCAUGGAAGUGCUGCUGAAGCGCCUGGUGAGCUCUAAGGAAGCAAUCACCGUCAAGCUUGAUGAUUCUUUCACUCCUCAAAGUCAAGACAUUGCCUUUGAGGCGGCUCCUGACUAUAGAGGAGGAAGGCACAUAUUUGGGCAAACCUUCUCAGCAGAAGUCCCUGGAGUAAUUCGUCCAUUUGUGCAUCUUAUCUGGACCCCAGUAAUCUCCAGUGUCACGUUGCAUCCUGACCAGAGCCAGUCUAGUUGGAGCUUCCUGGUUGCAGUAGCAGAAAGCAGUGAGAUGGCCCAGUCUUGUUUCGACACUGGUUUGGAGCUCAUCGAAAACGCCGACCUGCAGGCUUCCCAUGUAAGGGCGUGGGCGAAGCUAUGGCAGGCCAGCAGUGUGGAGGUGGCCGGACCAGAGACUUUGAGUCGGGCUGUGAUUGGUUGCAUGUUCUACCUUCUCAGCGCACUCCCGUCUCUGACGGAGACACCUACACCAUUUGGGGGAAUUAGUCCUGGGGGACUAUCUAACGGGGGACAUGGACAAGGACAGGACUACUGGGGACAUAUUUUCUGGGAUCAGGACACAUGGAUGUAUCCUAACAUUGCUCUCUUUCACCCAAACCUGGCCAGAGCUGUCUUGGAGUACAGAAUACGAACACUAGAAGGUGCCCAGGUCAAUGCCAAGGAGCAGGGCUACAAGGGUUUGAAGUUCCCGUGGGAGAGUGCAGUAUCCGGUCAAGAGGUGUGUCCGAUGGACAGUUACGGAAAGCAGGAGAUCCAUAUUAAUGGAGCUGUAGCUCUUGCCUUCCGUCAGUACCUCUAUCUAACCCAGGACAUUAAAUUGUUUAAAGAGGGAGGUGCCAGUAAAGUGUUGUGGGGUAUAGCUGAUUACUGGGUGUCUCGAGUUGUCUGGGACCCCGAUGACCAGCACUAUCACCUCAAAGGAGUGAUGCCUCCUGAUGAGUACAACAAUAACGUAAACAACUCGGUGUAUACUAACACUAUUGCCAAGUACAGUCUGCAGUUUGCUGUGCACCUGGCUAGAUUGCUCCAGCAUUCUGCACCCACGGAAUGGCAGGAAGUAGCUGAUAAGAUAAAAAUUCCUUUCGACCCUGGUCUUAAAUUUCACCCAGAAUUUGAAGGGUACAAAAAGGGAAGUGAAGUGAAGCAGGCAGAUACAAUUCUGAUAGGAUUCCCACUUGGAUUGCCCAUGAGCCUAGAGGUCAGGCGGAAUGAUCUGGAAUAUUAUGAGGCUGUCACAGACCCGCUCGGUCCUGCUAUGACUUGGAGUAUGUUUACAGUGGGAUGGUUGGAGCUUGGUGAAGCUGAAAAAGCACAAGAGCUUCUGCAAAAGUGCUACAAAAACAUACAGGGCCCCUUCCAGGUGUGGAGUGAAUCAUCUGAUGGUUCUGGAGCAGUCAACUUCCUCACAGGCAUGGGAGGAUUUCUGCAGGCUGUGUUGUUUGGGUAUACUGGUUUCAGGGUCCAACAGGAUUGUCUGACUUUUUCUCCACUACUACCUAAUGAAGUGUCUAUGCUCACUCUGAAAGGCAUCAGUUACAUUGGAAAUAAGCUGGACUGGGUGCUACAUAAACAGGAAGUCAGUGUUGUUGUGAAGGAGCAGGCAAAGGAUUCUGGCAAUGAUCAGCCUUGUCCUCUGGAGAUUGUGCUGCAGAACUCUGGAGACAUAAUCCCUCUUAAUCCAGGACAAUCUGUGGUAUUUCCAUGGCAACCUGGCAAGAUCCAAAAACAAAGCACUACCUCAUACUGCUGGCCAUUUUGAUCCAGAAUUAAGGAGCCAGAAGGGAUAUUAUCUUUAUAAUAUAAUUAUGCUGCUAGAUAUGCUUUUUUUUUUACAUUUUGUAAUUGUUUAUUUCCUGUAUUUUUUUUGUUUUGUUUGUGAAGCCUUCUGGAAAUAAAAUAAAUUGUUUCAUUUUCUUAAUGUAUUUGAUCAGUGGUGAGCUAUUAAAAAGAAAUUGCAAAAUCGUGAGUGAUGAUCAUCGCCUUGUGUUAAAAACAGCUCCUGUUCUGUCAGGCAUUAGUUAGUGUCAUGAGACAGGUUUU